AUGCCCUGGCGUUCACCACCAUGGCUGCUCUUGCUCGCCACCAUGCUGAGCACCACGCGCCUGCUGGCACUUGCCGGAGGGAUGGCACGUCCCGGAUGCCAAGAAAGAUGUGGCAACCUGAGCAUCCCCUACCCUUUCGGCAUUGGUCCUGGCUGCUUUCGCAGAGGCUUUGAGGUCAGAUGCGACAACGACGCCGGAAGAGCCUACCUGGGUGGCGAAGGCAGUAACGUCUGGGCCUUUGAUAUCUUUCUGCUGCAAGGGGAGGCUCGAGUACACAAGCAUCUGACGUGGGACUGCUACAAUGACACUGGCAUCACUAACUUCGCUAGAUCUCCCAUGGAUCUAGCGUCUUAUUACCAGAUAUCACAUACCAAGAAUAAGUUCACGGCGAUUGGAUGUGACACCAUCGCGUUCAUCCAAGGUGAAAAUGCAAACUCUUACACCAGCGGAUGCAUGUCGUUUUGCAGCAGCAAUGCAAGCGUCGACACCAGCGGCCAGUGCACCGGCAUGGGUUGUUGCCAGACAUCAAUCCCGGCAAACCUCACCUACUUCAACACCACCUUCUCAACAAGGCGGAGUACAAGCGUGCUGGAGUUCAACCCAUGCAGUUACGCCUUCGUGAUUGAGAUCCAGCAGUUCAGGUUUGAUGUCUCUGACCUUGCAGUCCACCAUUUUGCUGACAAGUACAUUGAUGGUGUGCCUCUUGUGCUUAACUGGGUUGUUGGGGAAGAAUCAUGUGAUGAAGCAAAGAAAAAUAUGUCAUCCUAUGCAUGUCUUAGCAAGAACAGCGAGUGCAUCCCUUCAGUCAAUGGCCCAGGGUAUCUCUGCAACUGUUCCAGUGGCUAUGGGGGGAAUCCAUAUCUGGAAGAAGGCUGCCAAGACAUCGAUGAAUGUGCCUUUCCUGAGCAGUAUCUUUGCCUUGUCCAAUGCACUAACACAAUAGGAAGCUACAGCUGCACAUGUCCAAAGGGAACUCGGAGCACUGAUGCGAGUAUGAUAAAUUGUGUUCCUUAUCAGGAUCCUACACAGACUGUAAAGAUGGUGUUAGGUAUCUCUAUCAGCACAGUCUUUCUCCUUGUUUGCAUUUUCCCUGUGAUCAUUCAAUAUCAAAAGAGAAAGCUCAUCAAAGAAAAGGAUGGUUUCUUCAAGCAAAAUGGCGGAUUUAUUUUACUUGAAAAAAUGCGAUCAAGACGAGUAGAUACAGUAAGAGUAUUCUCAAAAGAAGAAUUAGAGAAUGCAACCAACAAUUUCGAUAAGAGAAGAGAACUGGGAAGAGGGGGACAUGGCACGGUCUACAGAGGGAUUAUGAAGGAUAACAGAGUUGUAGCCAUAAAGCGCUCCAAAGUUUGCAACACAAACCAGAAAGAUGAAUUUGUGCAGGAAAUCAUCAUACUUUCUCAAAUAAACCACAGGAAUGUGGUCAGGCUUCUAGGCUGUUGUUUAGAAGUGGAAGUUCCCAUGUUGGUCUAUGAAUUCAUCCCAAAUGGCACUCUCUUCCAGUUGGUCAACAGUGAAGGGUCAUCCAUCCCAUUGGAUGACAGACUAAGAAUAGCCCUAGAAUCCGCAGAAGCGCUGGCAUAUCUCCAUUCAUCUGCAUUCCCACCCAUAAUACAUGGAGAUGUAAAAUCUUCAAACAUUCUCCUAGAUGACAACUACACAGCAAAAGUGACUGAUUUUGGUGCAUCACACAUGCUUGCAAAGAAUGAGACCCAAUUUAUGACAAUGGUCCAAGGAACUCUUGGCUAUCUAGAUCCUGAAUAUCUACAGGAACGGCAGCUAACAGAAAAGAGUGAUGUUUAUAGUUUCAGGGUUGUCAUAUUGGAGCUAAUCACAAGGAAGACUGCAAUAUAUUCUGAGGAUUCCAGUGAACGGAAGGGGCUUGCAUCAUCUUUUAUGAUGGCAACGAAGGAGAACAAGCUUCAAGAUAUGCUGGACAAGAGCAUAAUAGGGGUAGGGAUGGAACCACUUCAAGCGAUUUCUAAACUCGCAAAGAAAUGCCUCAGCAUGAAGGGGGACGAGCGUCCACAGAUGACCGAAGUUGUUGAGCGGCUUAAAGUAAUAAGAAGAACCUGGCAAGAAAAGCUGACAGAGCACCAUGUUGUGGAAACAGAAAGUCUAUAUGCAAAACCUUCCUCUAAUUGCCCUUCCAGCAAUGCACAAUAUGGAAGCAUCGGCAUAGAGUUGGAGCAUGGCAGAUGA